UAGAAACAAAGUUUGAAAGUAAAUAAAAUUUCAAAUUAAAUGCAAUGAAGUUUUGUUUUUUUCUCUCUGCAUACAAAACGUUUCUUUUUGGGUUAUACGUGAAUUUCUCAUUCUUUAACAUUUCGAAUCGUCACAUCGCAGACUACCAAAACAAAAGUGUUCUUGAUUCUUCCAAAUCGAGAUGGGCAGAGCAGCAAGAUGGUUUAAGGGCAUGUUUGGCACGAAGAAGAGUAAAGAUAGAAGCCACGUUUCCGGCGGAGACUCCGUCAAAGGCGGCGACCAUUCCGGCGACUUCAAUGUUCCUAGGGACUCUGUUUUGUUGGGAACUAUUUUGACGGAUACAGAGAAAGAUCAGAACAAGAACGCAAUUGCGGUUGCAACCGCUACGGCCACUGCCGCAGACGCAGCGGUUUCGGCGGCUGUGGUUAGACUGACAAGUGAAGGAAGAGCGGGAGAUAUCAUCAUCACGAAGGAGGAGCGGUGGGCUGCGGUCAAAAUACAAAAAGUCUUCAGGGGCUCUUUGGCGAGGAAAGCAUUAAGAGCUUUGAAAGGUAUAGUGAAGCUACAAGCAUUAGUGAGAGGAUACUUAGUAAGGAAACGCGCGGCCGCAAUGUUGCAGAGCAUACAAACUUUGAUCAGAGUCCAAACCGCUAUGCGAUCAAAACGCAUCAAUCGCAGCCUCAACAAAGAGUACAACAACAUGUUUCAACCUCGACAAUCCUUUGAUAAGUUUGAUGAAGCAACGUUCGAUGACAGAAGAACAAAGAUUGUAGAGAAGGACGAUAGAUACAUGAGAAGAUCAAGUUCAAGAUCAAGAUCUAGACAAGUGCACAAUGUUGUUUCAAUGUCUGACUAUGAAGGCGAUUUUGUUUACAAAGGGAAUGAUUUGGAGUUGUGUUUCUCGGAUGAGAAGUGGAAGUUUGCUACCGCGCAGAACACGCCGAGAUUAUUGCAUCACCAUUCUGCUAAUAAUCGCUAUUAUGUAAUGCAGUCUCCAGCUAAGAGUGUUGGUGGAAAGGCUUUGUGUGACUAUGAAAGCAGUGUGAGUACUCCUGGCUACAUGGAGAAAACUAAGUCCUUUAAGGCAAAAGUGCGUUCACACAGCGCACCGCGCCAGCGAUCUGAGAGGCAGAGGUUGUCGCUAGAUGAAGUUAUGGCCUCUAAGAGUAGCGUUAGCGGUGUGAGUAUGUCGCAUCAGCAUCCACCACGCCAUUCUUGUUCCUGUGAUCCGCUUUAA